AAUGUUAUCCUACUUAAAUUAGAGGCACACGAAUAAGUGAUAAAUGGUGGUCUAUCCUGAAGCAGCGAGCUCUCUCCUCUCCCAAAUGCUUAUUCAUUACACUUGCCCUUUUCUGCACAAUUAUCCUUUAUUCUCUUCCAUCAAAAAAUCAGUUUAUACAUUGAAGAAACAUAGAAAAAUAAAUGCUGCGGAAAAAGAGUCUGAAUUUGAGACAGAUCCAGAUAAGGCCCGCGAAGCUUUGAGGAAGCUUGAUGAGCAGCUUCAAUCUCUCUCCACCAAACAACUUACCAAACCUAAGAUUAGAGCUGUGGACAUGAGCCGUUCCUCGAGUUUCGAGGGAGAAGAAGAUAAUUCGGAGAUUUCAGGGUCGUUUUGGUCUUAUGCUGCUUCAUUUCUACUUGUUUUUACCAUUUUCUAUAAUAUAAUAUUUCUCACAAUUAUAAAACCAUCUAUAGAUGGACCAGAGCCCAUUCAAUCUACAGAGAUCAUCAAAUGAAGAAGGCAAAAAUAUUGUCAAAAAUUGCAAUUUAUGAUUUUUUUUCCUUUUAUAAUCAUAUACUAUUUCGUAUUAAGACACAAAAUGAGAGCUGAUGUGAUGUGAUUGCAUGAACUAUUUCAUUGAAUUGAGACAUGUUGUCACUA